AAUCGAGCCCAGUACUUCCAGCCUAGUUCGGCAAGGGUGGAAACUGGACUUUUAUCGUCAGUUAACUCUCUUACUUUGGGAAUAUGAGAAAAGUGCAACCAAUCAGUGUCUGGAUUACCUGAUAUAUUGUUACGAGUGGCUGGAAACAUGAAUCCAGGAGACACAGUUAGCAAAGUAUCUCUCCAUGUGGCCGACUACGCAGUUUUGGGCAUUCUUUUGGCAGUGUCGCUGUCAAUAGGCCUGUACUUUGGUAUCAGGGGCCGGAAACGUCAGACAAGAGAGGAGUACCUUCUAGGGGGCAGACAGAUGAGUCCUAUCGCCGUGUCGUUGUCCAUAUUUGCCACGUACAUGUCGGCGGUGUCGUUACUGGGCGUCCCGGCUGAAGUGUACAGUUACGGAACCAUAAAUUUCCUAAUAACCAUUGGUAUUUGCCUGAGCUAUAUCAUGGGCUACUUCACAGUGGUGCCAUUGUUCUAUGAGCUGCGUGUGACAAGUAUCUACCAGUACUUUGAAAUGCGGUUCAAAUCUUAUGCAGUGCGAAUGAUAGGAGUUGUCCUAGGAAUUCUCGUUCAGAUAAUGUACACCACAGUCACAUUGUUGUCCCCAGCCUUCGCUAUGCAAGCAGCUAUUGGGCUCCCCCUUUGGGUAUCAGCAGUUGUCAUCGGUGGUAUUGGCACGGUGUAUACAUCUCUGGGAGGCCUAAAAAGUGUCAUCUGGGCAGAUGUUUUUCAAACAGUAGUCAUAUACUUGGGUUUGAUUGCAGUUUUCAUAAAGGGUAUUGUAGACAUCGGAGACCCAUCAAAGAUAUCGGAGCUAAAUAUCAUUGGAGGAAGAGUGCAGUUUGAAACGAGUGCUGACCCACGUAUUAGCUACACCGUAUGGAGUGUGACACUUGGUAGUGCAUUCUCCUUCUUCUCCUACACCUUCGGCCAGGCAACGAUACAGAGGACGGGGGCAGUCGGGAGUCUCAGAAAAGCAAAGCUGGCGUAUCUGAUGAAUAUUCCAAUGCUAGUGCCAUUCUUCCUGAUCUUGAACUUUACUGGCAUGUUGAUCUACGCUUACUUUCAUUCCAUCCAUUGUGAUCCUAAGGAAGCUGGAUUCAUAUCUAAUGUCAACCAGAUAGUUCCCUACUAUGUAUUCCACAUCUUGAGGUCAGUGCCUGGAUUAUCUGGACUCUACAUGGCAACUCUCUUCAGUGGAAGUUUGAGCACUGCAUCUUCCUUGAUUAACGCCUUGUCUGCCAACACUGUAGAGGACCUUCUGAAGUAUCCAGUCAGCAGGUUCAGCUUGACAGAGAAACAGACAACCAUCGUUGCUAAAUUAUCAGGAUGCUUUUAUGGAGCGUUAACGGUAGGAUUGGUUUAUGCUGCCAAGUCUUUCCCGGGAACUGUUGUGAGGACGGUCAUUUCUGUGGUGGGAGCUUGUGGAGGUCCGGUGACGGGCAUGUUCUGUCUUGGUGCUAGUGUUCCACGGGCAAACAAAUAUGGCGCCCUGUCCGGGGGUCUCGCUGCGCUGACUGUCAACUUAUGGCUGACUAUAGGAAGCAGACUGUAUGGAACCCCGACAACCCAUCUCCCACCUGCACCCUCAGACAACUGUGAUGCAAUCUCUCCUUUUAAUUCAACCCACCCUGCCUUCAAUAAGACAUCAGUUGUGAUGGAAACGCACUUUUCGCCUGGAGCAAGCUCUGCUCCACCUUCGUCGAUAUACGACACCUCACACUACUGGUACGGAGUGUUCGCAAUGGUCAUUGUGAUGGUUUUGGGUUCAGUAGUCAGUUACUGCACAGGGUCUCUUGAUUCCGGCACUGACGAUCCCACUCUUCUGUUCCCCUUUGCACGGCGACUGUGGCGGAUGAAGGGCGCCUCCAACAAGGACAACAACACAAUGAGCAUAACGAAACGCCCGGAAGACUAUAAAGAAGUGGACGCAAAAGAACAAGAUCUAAUGCUUUAACACUUUCAGAGUCUGGCCAAAUGUUCCAAGAUUAUCAAUUCACUAACUGCUUCAAUUUAUUUUACUGCAGUAAGUUUCAAGUCACCUCGGCAGUAUUUCAGUUCAAUCGUGACUAUAGAAAAGUAUAUAUUAAUCGUAUAUGCAUACUCAUUUCAGUUUAUUGUAUUCAAGGCCAAAGGCCCACAUACAUAUAGGUUACAUAAUGUUAAGGCAAGUAAUCAUUAUGGGUAUACAUUUACAGUGUUGUUGUUGGUUUGUUGUUUAACGCCGUACUAAGCAAUAUUCCAGCUAUAUGACGGCGGUUACAGUGUAUAUGACGUUAACAAACAUAUUGUCGGAUCAAUAUAACUCCGUUACAGAGUUUAGACAAUUUUUAACAAUUACAUUAUUAGUAUCCAUCUCAAGAAAUCGGAAUUGUUCAAAAUUACAAUUUUCUCUAUAUUUGGGGGGUACAUAUAGCUUUCUGAUAGUAUCAUACAAUGGAGAUUUUAAGUUAACGUGGUACUCAUCUUCAACCAUAUUCAAAAUACAAAUUCUUUUGGGAUAUUUUGUCUACCUCCAGUAUCUGGCUGUUGUCCUGACCCACCUUUUCUUAAUAGUGCUAGGUGCUGUCUAAUAUAUAAUACAUUAUUGUUUGUAACAUAAGAUUCAUGAUAUAAAUGAUGUUAUAACUGGAAUAAAUAAUCUGGAGAUUUUGUUCAAUAUUGCAUGGCAUUCUUGAAAGGAGAUAUCUUUCAGUCUCAUUUUGACUCCAUUUGAUAAGUAUUCAGUAUUCCCGACUUCGUGACAAACCGAUGUAUAUCCAAGACAUUGUAAAACGUUAUUUUCUAAUGAUUGAUAUCCACGGUUUUUUUGUGCUUCUCGGCAGUAUAACAUAUUGUAAGCUUUCUUGGGAGCACGUGAAUUUUCAUAUAUACAAGAGACAACCAGUAUUUGACACAUCUUAUAAAGCAUUGAAUCAAACAAUUACCAUUACACUUGGCAUAUAUUUCGGCACUCUUAAAAAUCUUGUGUAUGCUUUUGUUUGUUUUUGUGCACACCACAAUUCAGAUCCAUACAAAUUAAUAGGUUUAAUCUUCAUGUCAAAUAUCAAACAGGUCGACGGUAACACGACCAACAGAAUCUAUUCAACCAAGAAGUUAAUAUUGUGCCCCUUUAUCGUCAAUACAAGUAUUCUGCAUUAAUUAAAUUAAAGUUAAACAUGACCUCAAGAUAUUGGUAUUGAGAGACUCUUUCAAUGAUCUCCUUCCAAAACCUCCAUGAUUCACAUUUAUUCAAUGGACCAUUUUUCCGAAAAACGAUAAUGUUCGUUUUUCCUAAGUUAACUUUCAACUUCAAUUUUAUACAAUAUAAAUACAAAGUAUCAAGAUCUAUUUGCAAUUCCGAUAGACUAGACAAUUUUUCCGAAAAUCUUAAUGGUGGUGGCAUUUCAUGUUUAUGGAUGGCAAACAACUUUUCAAGACGUAUUGAUAUGUCUCAAAUUGAUUUAGGUGUUUUGCCGGGCUGUAUUUUCAACAGUUAACCCAAAAAUGUGAUAAGUUCAACAUGGCCGUCAUAUCUUUUGGUAUUGAACAUGAUGGUGCCACAGAUAAAAUAUUUUAUUGUAUGUUUUCUUGUACAAGCAAUUAAUUAAAACCAUACGUUAACCCUCAAUAUGUCAUGAAUUCAAGAUGGACGCCUUAUUAUGGAAAAUUCGAUCAAGAACUUCGUCGAAUAUCCUUCACGGAAUCCUCUUUGUUCAUUGGUUAUCUUCACACAUUCGUUUACCCAUGAGGAGGGGCGGCCGGGUAGCCUAAAGGUUAAAGCGUUCGCUCGUCACGGCGAAGACCCGGUUUCGAUUCCCGACAUGGGUACAGAGUGUCAAGCCCAUUUCUGGUGUCCCCCGACGUGAUAUUGCUGGAAUAUUGCUAAAAACGGCGUAAACCAUACUCACUCACUCACUCCCAUGAGGAAAUUCUGGUGUUUAACAUUGAUGUAUAUAAUAUGUUGACCCCUGAAGGUAUGUGGAUUUGUCCUGUCACCACGUUUAUGUAUAGGUAGAAUGAUUCCAAGGAACAAUAUCGUUCUUGAAUGUACAGUUAAAAAGAGUCAUCAUAUAUAGUUCAUUACAUAUUGUUUUCCUUCCUUCAAAAAUGACAUUAAUUUAUCCCUCCCAGCUGCUUUCCCAUAUAUAAGUUCGUCUAUUGCUUUAUCUAUUUCUUAUUUCCGUAUAUCUCCAUUCAAGUUUUAAGUAGUAUCACGAUUGUCUUCGUGUAUAAAUUUGAGAAAAAAGCAUUCCACUGUUCCAAACUAAUGUUGUAUAGUUGUAUACUUUCUAAAACGUCGCCAGAAGUUUGAUAAAUCUCUUUUUUUGUAAAAUCCAAGCUGUUUUGUCUGUAUUCACUUUGUUUUGUUCAUCUCAAACAUUUAUAGGUUCGGCGGGGUAGUCUAGUGGUUAAAGCGUUCGCUCGCCACGCCGAAGAUCCGGGUUCGAUUCCCCACAUGGGUACAAUGUCCUAUUUCUGAUGUC